UUUUAGCAAAACAACCUUCCUGGCAAUGCGGCAGCGCCUGGCGUCUCAAAUCCAAUGAUUCUUCAUGAUUCCCCAUAGAAAACCAUUGAUCCCGGCCGGCUUGCAGACACGGCAGAAACCUCCUCUAUCGGCUGUGAGUCAAUGGAAGCGUCUCCCACUCACUCUGGUACAUUUGUUUGCUGUGACAUGACGGCCUGCGUCUGCCAGACAGGAUAAUGUCUGAGUGUUUCCAUUGGCUGGAGCGGGACCUCACGCCCUGAGCUCAGGACUGGGAUCAGGGCAGCAGCACGACCCUGUCUGCCGGCCAGGAUGAUCUACAUCAUUAUGGGAGUUUCAGGCUGCGGAAAAACCACGCUGGGGACCUUCCUCUCCCGCAAGCUGGGCUGGCCCCUUCAUGAAGGGGACGAUUUCCACACAAAGGAGAACAUUGAGAAGAUGGCUCGUGGUGAACCGCUCACAGACCAGGACAGAUUGCCUUGGCUUCUCAAACUACAUGACGUCGUUGUGAAAGAACGGCGUUCAGGUGCUGAUGCUCUGGUGGUCUGCUCUGCCCUGAAGCGCCUCUACAGACAGAUCAUUCUCUUUGGCCCCAAAGCCCUCACUUUCUCCUCUUCUAAUGAAGACCCACCUCCCACCAUCCCCGACAUCUACUUUCUCUUCCUUUAUGGUGACUAUGAUCUCAUUCAACAGAGGAUGGAGGCCCGGGAGGGACAUUUUAUGAAAGCGGACCUGCUGCGCUCCCAGUUUGACGCUUUAGAGCCUCCGUGGGACGAGGAGAACGUUUUACCAUUGGAUAUCAGGAGGAGCAUCCCUGAACUUGCCAUGGAGAUAGAGGAGCACUACCUCGACCUCAAGUCAGUGACAAAGACAACAGACAACCUCUAAGAAUGAGAAAGGCAGGGAAGAGUUUGGUGCAUUUGUGAAAUGGGUAGGGAGACGUGUUCAUAGUUAGAAUUAAUCUGUAAUCCCCGUUUCACAUCUAAAACACCAAAUCAUGUGUGAAUCACUAAAAAGAUUGUGUGUUAAUUCAUAUCUCAUAGGGCUGUGAAUUGUGACCAAAGAUUUCUUUUUAUUUUGAAAAUGAUUCAUGUGAUUCCAGUACUAUGCAUCAAAAAAGGAUUUUUUUUUUUUUUGGUUAGAUGACAGUUUGCACCUAGGGUGUAAAGAUUCACAGAGAAAACUUUCACUAAAGUGAAAUCUUUACCUUCUGUGAAGUAGGUACUAACAAGCAUUGCUGUAAUUUGUAGAAAAUGAUUUAAAAGCUGUAAACCAUAAUGAGGUUUGAUAGUGGAUAAUAGAGGAUUGAAGUUCCUCAUCCUUAUUGACUGACAGUUUUUUACCUUUUGAUGCCGACAAAGCCACGUGCAGCACAAGACUGCAAAUCUGACUUCAUACACCAGAAACUAAGACCAAGUAAAUGCUUGUGUAUGAUUGCUCUUUAUAAAAACUAUUGAACUUAUUUUUUGACAGUUUACAGCCUGAGUGUCAACAUAUGUGUAACAUACACAUUGGAAAGUAAGGCUGUGUAGUUGUUGCAUCUGGUUCAUGUGCAGUUGCAUCAGCACAAAUAAAGGAAUAAUUUUUCA